AUGAUACUUUUCAUUCUAUUUUUGCUGAUUUUGGUGGGUUUUUUGGCCUGAACAGGGCCUAUUUUCAGCCUGAAAAUGGCAUAUUUUCAAGCCGAAAUUGAAUAUUUUCAGCCCGUGUGUCAAACUUCAAAUCCGGUGGUUUUGGAGACGAAAUUGGGUGAUGUGCGAGGAGAGGAGUUCUAUUUUUUGUCCACCAAGAUUCGCACGUUUUUUGGGUGCGUUGCGGUCGCGCGGAGCGGCUUUGCGUCGCGGUUUUCACACAAACACGCGACGCACAGCCGCAACGCAGCUAAAACUACGAAAAAUACGAAUAAUUUUUGGUUUUCUUCAAUUUUCCUACCUAUUCAUCAAAAUUUAUAGGUUUUUUUUCUGAAAAAGAGGAAGGAAAACAAUUUUAUGAUUCAAGCUAUGACGUGGAAUCUUUCUCUGACUUAUGAAUUCUGAUUUAAAAUUUGAAAUGAGAAAAAUUUUGAAAUUUUUGAAACGUGAACUUUAAUUUUUUGUGAAAAAAAAACGUGGAAAAAUGGUCAUUUUUUCAUUAUUUGAAUCUGGAAAAGGCAAAAGCUCCAAAAGUGAGUUAAAAACACGUUUUUCAUGAAAUUUGGGAUUUUUAGGACAGAAAUAUGUCACAAAGAAGGAAAUAGGUGGAUUUUACGGGUCCUGGAGUGAAACAUCGAUAUUUUUCGCUUCAGAACCUGAUUUUUAAGGUCUUGGAAGGAAACAUAGGUUAAAAUCUAUGUUUUUUGCUCCAUGACCUGAUUUUCUGGGUCUUGAAGCGAAAAGUCGAUAAUUUUUCGCUCCAGGACCCGAUUUUUAUGGUCCUGGAGCGAAAAAUAGGAUAAAAUCUUUGUUUUUCGCUUCAGGACCUGAUUUUUAUGGUCCUGAAGCGAAAAAUCGAUAUUUUUUCGCUUCAGAGUUCCAUUCGCCGAACCGCCCAUCGACGAAAAUCGCUUCAAAAUCCCGCAACCCAAAAAAUCAUGGGAAGGCAUUUGGGACGCCACCGAAUUGUCAAGAGCUUGUUAUCAGGUACAGAAAAUUCUGGAAUUUUCAGAUUUUUCAUGAAAUUUGGGUUCUAGAGAUAGUGAAUAAGCCUGGAAUUGAUUUUAGGUGGAAAAUUUUGGUUCUAAUGAUACUAAAUUAGCCUAAAUUUAAAAAGUUUCAUCCUAAAAUUAAUUCCAGGCUUAUUUAGUAUCUCCCGAACCCAAAUUCCAUGAAAAAUCUGAAAAUUCAUGAAAUUUGGAUUCUAAUGAUACUAAAUUAGCCUAAAUUUCAAAAGUUUCAUCCUAAAAUUAAUUCCAGGCCUAUUUAGUGACUCUAGAACCCAAAUUCUAUGAUAAAUCUGAAAAUUAACAUGAGCAAUGUUUUUCAGACACGCGACGACUAUAAUUCCUCAUUUUGGGGAAGUGAAAUGUGGAAUGCGAACACGGCCAUCGAUGAGGAUUGUUUGUAUUUGAAUAUUUGGGCGCCAGCUGAUGCAUAGUGGGUUUUUGGGUCUAGAGAGUCCGAAAAUUGGAAUUCUGAUCAAAUUUUGGCCCAGAAAGCCCCCGAAAACGGGCCCAGGGCUGAAAAAUCCCCAAAAAUUCGAAUUUCCAGCAAUCUGACAGUAAUGGUGUAUAUUUUUGGCGGUGGUUUCUACGCCGGUUCACCAUCUCUAACAAUGUACGAUGGACGAGUUCUAGCGGCCACCCAAAAUGUUAUCGUUGUAAAUAUCAAUUAUCGAUUGGGACCUUUUGGAUUCCUGUAUUUGGAUCAUCCGGAUGCGCCCGGAAAUAUGGGAUUAUUGGAUCAGGUAAGGAUUUUUCGAUGGAUUUGACUGAAAAUUCGAGAUUUUUGAUGGAAAUUGACCUAGAAAAGAUGAAAAAAUUACAAAUUUCAAUAGCGGGAUCGAACCUGCGAACUUUUGAUUGGUAGUCACAUCUCUAACCGGCUGAGCUAUCCGAGAAACGAUUUUUUUGGUUUUUCAUGAAAGUUUGACUUAUGGGAUGUCUUUUGAAACCGAAUUUUGAGAGGAAUCUGAAAUUUUUUGGGAAAUUUUGGUUCUAGAGAUGCUAAAUUUGAAAUUUUCAGUCAAAACUAUAAGGUUUGCUGAAAAUUUCCCGAAUUUCCUUCGUUUUUCCACUUGAUUACCCCGCCCAACAAAACAAUGGUUCGUUAGAGCUAAUUUGCAUUUUCCCCCAGUUUUUAGCUUUUUUUCAAGCCUAGGAUUUUUUGCGCGCACUAACAAUUCACCAAGUUCACAUCAAAAGUUCGAUCCCCACUGUCUGCGGAGAUUUUUUUAUCUGUUUUUUUCACCAAAAAUUGUCCAAUUUAGGCUCUUUUUAGCUUCAAAUGUUUUGAAAAAUUUGAAAAAUUCUGAAAAUUUUUACAGCAAUUGGCUCUUCACUGGAUUCGUCAACACAUUGUCUCAUUUGGCGGAAAUCCGGAAAAAGUUGCGGUUUUCGGACAAUCUGCGGGAGCUGCGUCGAUUGUUGCGCAUUUGGUGGCUGGCGGAUCGAAAAGGUGGGGAUUUUUGGAUUUUUGAGCAAAUUUGGAGCAUUUUGAGCUCAAUUUUGGGGUUUUCAUGAAAAUUGGCUUUAGAAAACACCCCAUAAGCCUAGAUUUCAGAUUUUUGACCUGAAGUUUCAGGUUUUAAGCAAAUUUGGAGCAUUUUGAGCCAAAAUAUGGCAUUUUGCGCUCAUAAUUCAAAACAAAUCACCAAGAUCACAUCAAAAGUUCGAUCCCCACUGUCAGCGAACAAUUUUUUUUGUUCCUCAAAGCAUUUUUUCCCACACACAAAAAAAUACUAAACAAAUUUUGCCCUUUUUUUGUUCGUUCACUUUUUUUUGAGGAAAAUUCAAUAAAAACUGAGGAUGAAUGAAAAAGGCUAAAAACUUUCGUUUUUUUUUUUUUUGAAAAAAAAAUUUUUUUCAUUUUUUUCCUUUCCGCAUCGAUGAACUUUUCAAAAAAAAAUUUGACGAAAAAUUUUUUUUUGGAUUUUUUUGAUUGAAAAUUUGAGGUUUUUGACGCCUUAAUUGUUUUAAUCAAAUUGAGCUUCAAAAUGCUCCAAAUUUGCUCAUUCGGCCCAAAAAGCCCCCCUUGGCCCAAUUAAAAGUCCAAUUUUUGCAGGCUUUUCAAAAAUGCCAUAAUCCAAAGUGGAAGUUUGGACAAUCAAUGGGCAAUGAAUUCGCCGUUUCGAGCUAAACAAAAAUCGCAAAAAUUGCUGGAAUUGGUGGGCUGUAAUAAGAGUACGGUAGGUUUUUGAUUGAAAUUUCUGGAAUUUUUAGAUUCAUCAUGAAAUUUGGAGCUGAAUGAGCCUAUUUUUAAUGGAAAACAAAAACUUUCGCAGGCAGCGGGGUUCGAACUUUUGAUGUGAACUUGCUAAAUUUUGGGGCAAAAUUAGCGAAAAAGCCGUGUUUGGGCUCAAAACGGUCCAAAUUUCAUGAAAUUUGGCCACCUGAAGCCUGAAAAAGCCCCCAAAAGCCCAUAUUCUUCUUCCAGGUCGAUUUAUCGCUCUCCUGCUUGCGAUUAGUUCCACCUGACGAAUUAUCGGCAAAAAUUUGGAAAAUUCAACUCGUUUUUCUGGAAUUUCCGUUUGUUAUUGUGUCUAGGUUGGUUUUUGCGGUGGGAAAUUUGGAUUUUUGGAGCAUUUUGAGCCCAAGAAACGUGAUUUUCAGCAUUGCUGAAAUUUAACAUGAGCAAUUGUGUAUUUAGUUUGAUUUUUGGCCAGAAAUUGUUGUUUUCCCAGUUCCUACUACGAAAAAAAUCACGUUUUUCCCAGGGAUCCAAAUUUUUUCGGCGAUUUGGAUGGAUUUGCCGCAAUUCGAGAGGGAAACUACAAUUCGGAUGUGAAUUUGAUGAUUGGAAUGAACAAGGAUGAAGGUAUGGGCUUUUUCAGGCUUUUCUGGGCCGAAAUUUGAAAAAUUGACGAUUUUUGGAGCAUUUUCUGAGUUUUUUGAGCCUAAAAAUGCCGGAAAAUUGGAAUUCUGAGCAUUUUUUGACCUGAAUUUGAAUAUAGGCUUAUUUUAUACCAAAAAUCUGAAAUUUCAUGAAAAAUCCAUGAAAAAGGUCGGGAAAUUGAAUUUUUGAGCAUUUUUUGACUCGAAAUUGAAUUUAGGACUAAUUUAUGACCUAUUUUUCACACCACUAAAUUUACUUCCUUUUUGCCCCACAAAAAUCCAUUAUUUUUUAUAUUUAUGUUUAUUUUUAUGCCUACUCCCCCCAAAAAAAUUGGCUGCAAUUGACAUUUUUCGCCGCAAAAAUAUGCCAAUUUUUGGCACCCCUCCCCCAAAAAAAAUAGACUAAAACGCAAGAAAAUUGGUUUUAUAAUGAGAAAUGAAUGUGUCAGUUUCAGGCAAUUAUUGGAACAUUUACAAUUUGCCGCAAUUUUUCGACAAACAACGACCGCCUGAGCUGACUAGGUUGGUUUUUGGGGCUUUUUUGGGCUUUUCUGGUCGAUUUGUAGUGGAUUUUUGAGUUUUUUGGUGAAAAAUAAUUGUAUGUUUCAAAAAUUUGAUAAGUUUCCAGAAUUUGUUGAUUUUAAUGAUGCGCAAACUGAAUGUGGUUCAAAAAAAUGGAUGAAAAUUUUAGGAAAUUAUAGUUCUAGGGAUAUUUUUGAGCCCGAAUUUCAUGAAAAUUUUAAAAAUUAACAUGAGCAAUGCUGAAUUUUCAGAUUUUUCGCGAAAUUUGGGAUCUGGAGAUAGUAAACAAGCCUGAAUUCCAAAUUUUUAUCCUAAAAUUAUUCUAGAACCCGAAUUUCAUAAAAAUCUUGAAUUUUUAGCCGAAUUUUCAGAUUUUUCAUUCAAUUUCAGUCUAUGUUCAAUUUUUAAAGCCUUCAAAAAAUUCCCGAAAAUUGUAUGUUUCAAAAAUUUGAUAAGUUUCCAGAAUUUGUUGAUUUUUUGAUUUCUCGUACAUGUUAUGUAUUUCAAAAAAAUGGAUGAAAAUUUUAGGAAAUUAGAGUUCUAGGGAUAUUCUUGAGCCCCAAUUUCAUGAAAAUUUUAAAAAUUAACAUGAGCAAUGCUGAAUUUUUGAAAUUUUCAUCAAAUUUGGGAUCUGGAGAUAGUAAACAAGCCUGAAUUCCAAAUUUUCAUCCUAAAAUUAAUUCUAGGCUAAUUUAGUAUCUCUAGAACCCGAAUUUCAUGAAAAUCUUGAAUUUUCAGCCGAAUUUUCAAAUUUUUCAUGCAAUUUCAGUCUAGGCUCAAUUUAUAAAGCAUUCAAAAAAUUCCCAAAAAUUGUAUGUUUCAAAAAUUUGAUAAGUUUCCAGAAUUUGUUGAUUUUAAUGAUCCGCAAACUGAAUGUGGUUCAAAAAAAUGGAUGAAAAUUUUAGGAAAUUAUAGUUCUAGGGUUAUUUUUAUGCCCAAAUUUCAUGAAAAUUUUAAAAAUUAACAUGAGCAAUGCUGAAUUUUUGAAAUUUUCAUCAAAUUUGGGAUCUGGAGAUAGUAAACAAGCCUGAAUUCCAAAUUUUCAUCCUAAAAUUAUUCUAGAACCCGAAUUUCAUAAAAAUCUUGAAUUUUUAGCCGAAUUUUCAGAUUUUUCAUUCAAUUUCAGUCUAUGUUCAAUUUUUAAAGCCUUCAAAAAAAUUCCCGAAAAUUGUAUGUUUCAAAAAUUUGAUAAGUUUCCAGAAUUUGUUGAUUUUUUGAUUUCUCGUACAUGUUAUGUAUUUCAAAAAAAUGGAUGAAAAUUUUAGGAAAUUAGAGCUGAAUUUUUGAAAUUUUCAUCAAAUUUGGGAUCUGGAGAUAGUAAACAAGCCUGAAUUCCAAAUUUUCAUCCUAAAAUUAAUUCUAGGCUAAUUUAGUAUCUCUAGAACCCGAAUUUCAUGAAAAUCUUGAAUUUUCAGCCGAAUUUUCAAAUUUUUCAUGCAAUUUCAGUCUAGGCUCAAUUUAUAAAGCAUUCAAAAAAUUCCCAAAAAUUGUAUGUUUCAAAAAUUUGAUAAGUUUCCAGAAUUUGUUGUUUUUAAUGAUGCGCAAACUGAGUGCGGUUCAAAAAAAUGGAUGAAAAUUUUAGGAAAUUAUAGUUCUAGGGAUAUUCUUGAGCCCCAAUUUCAUGAAAAUUUUAAAAAUUAACAUGAGCAAUGCUGAAUUUUUGAAAUUUUCAUUUUAAAAAUUUUUGAAAUCUCAAUUUAUAAAGCAUUCAAAAAAUUCCCAAAAAUUGUAUGUUUCAAAAAUUUGAUAAGUUUCCAGAAUUUGUUGAUUUUAAUGAUCCGCAAACUGAAUGUGGUUCAAAAAAAUGGAUGAAAAUUUUAGGAAAUUAUAGUUCUAGGGUUAUUUUUAUGCCCAAAUUUCAUGAAAAUUUUAAAAAUAAACAUGAGCAAUGCUGAAUUUUUGAAAUUUUCAUCAAAUUUGGGAUCUGGAGAUAGUAAACAAGCCUGAAUUCCAAAUUUUCAUCCUAAAAUUAAUUCUAGGCUAAUUUAGUAUCUCUAGAACCCGAAUUUCAUAAAAAUCUUGAAUUUUUAGCCGAAUUUUCAGAUUUUUCAUGCAAUUUCAGUCUAUGUUCAAUUUUUAAAGUCUUCAAAAAAUUCCCGAAAAUUGUAUGUUUCAAAAAUUUGAUAAGUUUCCAGAAUUUGUUGAUUUUAAUGAUGCGCAAACUGAGUGCGGUUCAAAAAAAUGGAUAAAAAUUUUAGGAAAUUAUAGUUCUAGAGAUAUUUUUGAGCCCAAAUUUCAUGAAAAUUAUAAAAAUUAACAUGAGAAAUGCUGAAUUUUCAGCUUUUCCGUCAAAUUCGGGUUCUAGAGAGACCAAAUUAGCCUAUAAUUAGUUUUAGGAUUAAAAUUUAGGCUAAUUUACUAUCUUUAGAACCUAAAUUUUAUGAAAAAUCCCCAAAUUCAACUCAAAAUGCUCCAAAUUUCCAUUCAGGCUCGAAUUUUCCGCACUAAUUGAUCAAGUCUUCUCAAUUCAUCCGGAAAUUAUCCGCUCCGCAGCCAAAUAUACAUAUAGUGAUGAAAAUUGUACGGAUCAUGGUAGAUCUACGCGAUUCUAUGCGGAUCAAAUGAACAAAAUUGUGGGCGAUUAUUAUUUUUCAUGUGAUUCGCUUUGGCUGGCUGAACAGGUUGGUUUCCGGGCUUUUUGGGGGCUUUUCAGGCCGAUUUUGGGCUUCAUUUUGAGGCCUAUUUUAGGUUGAGUUUCAGCCUAUUUUCUAGGCUUUUCAGGCUCCCUUUUCAGAUUUUUCCCCCAGAAUUUGUUGAGCUGAAAAUACUCGCUUUUUAAUAAUUUAUUAUAAUUUUGCUAGCCAAGUGUAUUUUAAUUAGCCUCGUUUUUUCUUCUAUUUUUUUUCUAUUUUUUUUUAUUUCUAUAUUUUUCCAGCAUUUUCGAAGGAAUGUAUUUGUUUAUUAUUUUACGCAAGCUUCGAGGUUGGUUUUUUGGGGAUUUUUGGGCUGAAUUUGAGCUCCAGGAGCAUCUGGCGAGCAUUUUGAGCCCAAGUUCGACAUUCUGGAGGGCCUGGGGAGCGUUUUGAGCCCAAAUUUGGGCACAAAAUGCUCCCCAGAAGCUCAAAACCCCGAUUCUGAGCCCAUAAUUUUUUUUCCAGCGCAAAUCCUUGGCCUAAAUGGACUGGUGCAAUGCACGGCUACGAAAUUGAGUAUAUUUUUGGAGCCCCGUUGGUCUAUCCGAAAAUUUAUAAAAGAAGAGAGCAGAUAUUCUCGAGGAAACUCAUGCAGUUUUGGACGAAUUUUGCGAAAACCGGGUAAUUUUUGCGAUCGUUUUGAGACCCAACACGAUUAGGGUUACUGUAGUUUUUUGCGCGCACGAAGAUUUGAAGCAUUUUGAAACCAAACAAGCCUAGGAUUACUGUAGAGCCUAGGCUUGUUUGAUCGCAAAACGCGUCAAAUUUUUUGGCGCCAAAAAUCUACAGUACCUCUAUGUUUUCCUACAGUACCCCAUCGCUUCGAAACCCAAAACACACUGAAGUCUGGCCUCGCUACAACCAUCCAAAAUCUGAGCGAAAAUGGAUGCAACUUCGCUCCGGCUCGAAUAUCCGCCCCAUAAAACCCUGGAAAUCUCGACAGUGUCAAUUUUGGCGAAAUAUCAAGGAUACCGAAUACACGGCAUACUGUAGGUGUACUGUAGUUACAGUACCUUCUAUAAUUUUCUUACAGUAACCCAAGAGUACUCGAAGUCUUCAGGCAUUUUUGGAUUAUCGAUUUUUUUCCGGAUUUUUUUCAUUUUUCACAUUUUUUUGCGGGUUUUCCAAUGA